GGCCCAUAAAGCAUUAUAUAAAGCCACAUUUGGCAAUAUCUUGGCAGUAUCAGAUGGCUACAAGCAGCCGUGAUAACGGGAAAGAGGCCAUGCAGCCUGGGUAUGAGGAUGAGGUGGAUGACUUUUCCUUUGGAGGGAAUCACGAAUUCAGUCCCAAGCAAGGAGCUGCCAAAGCAAAUCGAUCAGCACCAUCGAAUGCAGCACCGUCUGUUCUUGGAAAAGGCUCCGAAGGUGCGAAAGAUUCCAUCGACUUGGAGAUGCAACCACUGACAGGCACCGCCAAUGAGAUUCCUCAGGCUGAGCGUCCCAAAAAGAGGCUCUACAAUGUUUGGCCUUCUCGGAACAAGUUUUUCUGCAAGGGCACCAUGAUGACAGGUGGUGAAACUGAAAUGGGAAUCACUCCCAACUGCUCAGUCCCAAACCUUUGCGUUUGGACCUGCAUUUUGGCGCCGUGCUCUCUUUACUUCAUUUGGGUCUUUCCACAUCUUUGGAAAGAAGGCUGCUAUGCUCUCCCGCUUGCAACGUUGGCUGUAUUUGUCAUGGCCACUGGGUUCUUGCUGGCAACUUGCUGCUCCGAUCCGGGCAUCAUUCCGAGACGAGAGGUCGUCAUUGCAACAAAGACUGCAAAGCAGCUGCAAGAACAGCUUGGAUAUGAUAUGCUUUGUACGGACUCGGUGCCGUUGGACGGCAGGGGUGGAGGUGGAAGAUUGCCGCAGGAGCUGACAAGUCGAGGGUACCGAUGGUGCAGGACAUGCAGAAUCGUAAGGCCUCCCCGCUCCUCGCAUUGUCCCGACUGUGACAACUGCGUGAUGCGGUACGACCAUCAUUGCCCCUUUGUCAACAAUUGCGUCGGACAGCGAAACUAUCAUUUCUUCUUUGGAUUCGUCACUUCGGUCUUGUGUUUGGCGAUGAUGGUUCUUCCUGUACUGUUCUGGUUUCUGAACAGCGAGAAUUUCGAGUUGGCCGUGGACGGCAUGAUCCACGUGAGUAGCGGUGCCCUUCAGCCGGUGUUCUAUGCAUUGAUUGCGCUGGGUGCUCUGGUUGGCAUUGCAACCCUGCUUUCGUUUGUUUUGUGGGUUUACCACGUAUUUCUUAUCGCCACCAAAAGGACAACCAAAGAGUUUCGGCGAAACCUUUCAAACAUUGCAGAGGAGCCGACUCUUUGUGCUUCUCGUGGGCCACGACUUUUUGAUCCUUGGGCACUGGUGGACCCUCGUGAUCUCAUUCGAACUGACGAAGCUCCUCCACCAACUCCAAGCAACUUUUGCCAGGAUAUUUGGAGUACAUGCUUCGGGGACGACUACAACUGAAACAUGUUCAGAGCGCGCUGAACAGUCCGGCCCGCCAGAAGACUCCUGCUUCGUUUCACUGGCCAAGAAAUUGGAGAGAACAUAUUUGAUUGGAAGAAAGUUUAGGCACUGCUGCUACCACAAAGAACUUGUGUAAUGUGAAUUCCUUGCAGGCUUGUUUUGAGUCAAAUCCACUUGCGUGUCGC